AUGCAGGAUGCUUGUGGGUCUUUAGUUGGUGUGAUUAAGAGUGCCAAUGACUUGAUAUGCUGCCGCCAGUUGGGAUUAUCAGCUCUUCCAGGGAAGCCUUUGUCUAAAUUAGAAGUUUUUUGCUGUAGACCUGGUUUCAGUUGGACAAAAUUAAAUGUGGAUGGUUGUUCUUCGGGUAACCCAGGAAAUUCUGGAGCAGAGGGUGUUUUUGGUAAUCAUAAGGGCUUGGUGGUGGGUUCUUUUAAGAAGUUCUUAGGAGUCCACUCAAAUUACUACACUGAGUUCACUGCUCUAAUGGAAGGAAUUUUUAAAGCCAAAGAAUUACAGGUGGAAGCUCUUUGGAUUGAAUUGGAUUCAGCAGCAGUGGUGGUAGCGCUUCAAUCCAAAUCUAUUCCUUGGUUUAUUUUUCAGGAUUGGAUGUCAGUGAAAGAUUAUUUGAAUUCUGUUAGCUGA